CAUGAUCACGGCAAAACACUACCGACAUGCCGUCUCAAUACUCGGUCGAUAUUCCUUUCGCAGCAAGUCACCACCAACAAGCCUUCAAGCUUAUUGAGCUGCCUCCCGAGCUCUUGGCCCUCCUCGAGUCAGACAAUCCACCGACCCUUAACAUAACUUCCUCCUCGCCUUCGCCCACAACCCCAGCCUAUGCUCUCCUUAAUGCAGGUACCAAGACCUACCAGAUGCGGCAAAAGAACACAUCAAAUCCAAUCAUGCUCCUCAAGCCUUCGUCAACGACCCCAACAGAGACGGACGAUCCUACAACUUUUAUUCCCCAGCCGUCACUAUGUUCAAUUGCAAAGAUUGAAGAUACAAUUGAAUUGAUCCUUCAGGAGCCGGAGACUGCAGAGAAAGUCCCGCCGAAGGUUAACAAAUGGCACGAGAAGUUCGCUAAGAGCAGGAUGGAGAAGAAGAAAUGAAUGAAGCGACACGAUAUAUGUGAAACAUUGGCUAUCCGGUAUAUUGUCUAUACGGAGAGAUCGGGCUAUCAAGCUAGGCUUUUUGAAACGCAAAUUUCCGGAAAGCUUCGGAGAGCAAUACCCCAGUGGACGAUACUGCUACGACUUAUAGACAAGACCAUGAAAUGAUGGAAGGUGAUGCACGAAAGGUGGCAGAGGGAGAUGGUCACAGCCGUAGAUGACUGACUAGAGUAGAACCUUCGCGCUGGGUUUAGAGAGUGUGCCGCCUACCACACAAAACUGGGCCGAGUCAUGAUGCAAAUAGCUUCAGUGGCACCGAAUGUAGUUGCACCUCAAGUGUGGGCAAGAGUUCUUGCUGUAUAAUAUAAUGUACGAAACAUCGACGGACAGCCGGCGUUGGAUAGUUCAACAUCAAAAAUUGAGUCACGU